AUGACCCAUGACUUGCUUGAUUAGGAAAGUGACAGGGAAACGCACUGGAAAGCGUGGGGUGAAUGAAUGAUGAGUGAGAAGUCGUAUAAACACCCCAGAAGCAAAUCAGGAGAAAUAGUUAUGGUUGUAGAGCCACUCUGCAGACAAAUUAGUGACUCACCCCUAAACAACCCUCUUGGGCCCUACAGUCAGCAAAGAAGACCCCCUUUGGUGCUGCUGCUUCUGGCUGUGGUCCAGUUGGCAUUGACCUAGGAGGAGACCUUCUUGGUGGUGGCUCCCCAUUUGUGGAAAGUGCUCCCUGAUGGGCUGCGCCUGUCUCCCUCAUUAUUGACUUUCAGCAGAAACAUAAACACAUUCCUUGUUUACCCAGGCAUUUGAUGGUGACGGGAUAAGCUCCCAUUGCUCUGUCCCAGCUCCACCCAACCUAGCAGUUUGAAAGCACACCAGUGCAAGUAGAUAAAUAGGCACCGCUGUGGUGGGAAAGUAAUCGGCGUUUCUGUGCACUCUGGUUUCCGUCACGGGGUUCCGCUGCUCCAGAAGCGGUUUAGUCAUGCUAGCCACAUGACCCAGAAAGUUGUCUGAGUACAAACGCCGGCUCCCUCGGCCUGAAAGCGAGAUGAGCGCUGCAACCCCAUAGUCACCUUUGACUGGACUUAACUGUCCAGAGGUCCUUUACUUUUUACUGGCCCUCACAACUUUGAAAUUAGUAACUGUGAAAGUGUGUGAUUGCUUUUAUAUGUUUCUAGAUGUUCCAAAUGUUUUGAAAAUGCUGUUUUAAAUACUUUUUUAUUUCAUUUAAAACACUGUUGUUUUAACAUUCUGAUGUUUUUCUCCUUGGGCUCUUCUGGGAGGAAGGGCAGAAAGUGCAAAUGAAACAAAAUAUAAUAAAUUGGAACAAAUGUGCCAUGAAGUCCAGCCAUUGUAUAGCCAUUAUGUAAACUUUGUGCGAGGAAAUCUGGAUGCCUGCUCAAAAAAUGGUUCUUCUGGAGGUCUUCCCCCAAAAUCCCUUAUCUGGAUGUCACCAUCCAUUGCUGUCCUUCCGAAUGCCGAGCCAAAUAGUCCCCGAGACAUGAUUUCACUGGUAUGAAUAAGGCUCUGCUGGCACUUCAGGCGAAAGGAUGCACAGUUGUCAUUUGACGACUGAGUAAGAGCAUCUCUGGAAGGGAAACCGGGUGGGGAGAGGCAGCACUCAUCUUUUGGGAGUUGCACAUUGUGCCUUCAAUUCACCCCAAAGGCAUUUGCACCUGGAGGGGAGGGGCCAGGCCAUGGAGAUCAAAAACCCUCGGCUCCCCAGGAUUUCUACUCAAAGCUCACCUUGCCUGAGACCUGCCCAGCUCUCGAGAAAUAUUUGCUGCUCCGGAAUACAUUGCAGAAUCAUGGCUGGGACAUGGAGCCUGCGGAUCUUCCUUUUGUGUCUAACGCCAGCUCUUUUACCUGCCGUGAAGAUCAAUGCCAAGGGCCGGGAGGUGGUCUACCUAGCAGAAGGCGAGUCGGCCAAGCUCGGCUGCCCCUAUGAGUUGGAACCACAAGAUCAUGACUCAAACGACCUGGACAUCGAAUGGACACAGAUGAACUCUGACCCCACAAACCUGGACAACGUGAUCCUGAGCUACAACAAUCACCAGGUAAUCCACCCCGGCUACCAUUUCCUGCAGUCGAGAGGGGGUUCCGCAGCCCACGACUCACGACAUUUUGGCAACUCUGGCCUGCAGCAGAACAUGGUGAUGGGGGGCUCUGGCCACGACUGCUGCUCUGGCCUGCAGCAGCGGGUGACCUUUGCAAUCCAAGACCCCAGCCAGUACGAUGCCUCCAUCAACCUGCAGAAUGUUCAGAUUUCCGACUCGGCAACUUACGAAUGCAAGGUGAAGAAAACCACAGUGGCCACCCGCAAAGUGACCGUCAUGGUGCUAGCAAGACCAUCCAACCCACAAUGCUCAGUUGUAGGCAAGGUAGCCUUGGGCCAGAAAGUCACCCUGAGCUGCUCCUCAAACUCUGGCACUUCCCCACUCAUGUACCAGUGGGCCAAAGUCACAGAUCGCCCUUUUGCGAACUGGCUCUCCGCUACCACCAUUAAAGGCCCAAAUCCCGGUGACCUGAUCAUUCAGAACCUAUCCAAUGACCACGCUGGUGUUUACCAGUGCAGUGUGGCCAACAAAGUCGGAUCGGCCAGGUGUGUUGUGGAGAUCUCCUUCUCAAAGGAGUCCAACCGAGUGAGCAUCGUCGUGGGAGUAGUCCUUGGCUCUCUGCUCUUCCUGACCCUCCUGGUGUGUCUCAUCGUGGGGCUGAUUUGCUGCUGCAGGAAGAGGCGUUACAAGGAAGAGGCCAGCCAGAUCAGGGUUGACACGGCGCCCCCACGGGCCAGAGGCGGAAGCCGAAACAGCAGCAUACGAUCCGUCCUGGACUUUGUGCCCCACAAUAUCAGCUUCAUGCAGCGCCGCAAGUACGGCCCUCCCAAGGAGCAGGAAGGCACUGAGAUGAUCUCCCCGGUCCAAGAGGCGCAGCCUGUGGAUUGCAGCGGCGUGAAAAGCGAGCCCCACCGUGGCGGCUGCUCGACCACCGUCACGACAAAGGCCAGGGUUCACUACGCUCCUUCUGUGCCUUCCUCGCCCGAGGCAACGUCUACGCCAUCAGCUGCUGGCCCAGAUAAUGGAGGAAGCUGCUCCAUCAUGUCCGAGAAGGGCAGGCGAGGCCAUCCUGGGCAAUAUGGAGGCGUUGCUGUGAUGGUGCCAGCCAAGAGCAGAGAUGGCCUUUUAGUAUAG